UCUAACGCCUCUCUUACGUUCCGCGGCGCGUGUCGCUGCGUCGCCUUGCAGUGACGUCACUCCAUAGCAACGCAGCACCGCGGACGGUUGCUAAGGGCGGCCAUGGACGCCCCCGCCCGGCCGUGGCCGCCGUCGGUGGGCGACUACGCGGAGCAACAGGGGCUCUUCCGGCUCCUGCAGAACAUGCUUGAAGAGCUGCUAAUUCAUAAGCCGGAGGACCCCAUUCAGUUUAUGAUAGAGCAUUUAAAGCAGCACAAUGAUGAUGCUCCAAGGAUUUGCAUACUUGGUCCACCUGCUUCUGGUAAAACCACAAUGGCAAUACGGCUUUGUAAACAUUUGGAUGCCAUACGUAUCUCUCAGGAGACUUUGCUUUCCAAGGAAACAUUAGCUCUGACAAAGGAAGCAAAGGCAUAUAAAGAAAGAAAACAGAAAAUUCCCAACGCGCUUUGGGCCAAUCUGAUCCGGGAACGUCUGUCAAACGUGGACUGCAUCAAACAAGGCUGGAUUUUGGAAGGCUUCCCUGAAAAUCAGGAACAGGCACGGUUGCUGCAAUCAUCUGGCAUCAUUCCGAGGCACGUUGUUGUGCUCUAUGCUGCAGACACUACGCUGAUUGAACGGAACAGUGGGAAGAGGCUCGAUCCCCUCACAGAAGAGGUGUACCACACGACCUUUGAUUGGCCAAGUGAUGUGCAGAUACAGCAACGUUUGGUGAAGCCAGAUCUGUCUGAGGAGGAAAUGUCAAAGCAAUUGCUGGAAUACCAUAGGAACUUCCCCGGGGUGUUCCAGAUCUACCAAAAAAUUUUGAGAUCGAUCAAUGCAGACCAGCCUUGUGUGGAUGUCAUAUCACAAGCUCUUACCUACGUCCAAACCCAGCACCGAUCAGCUGCCCCUUUUACUCCACGUAUUCUCUUUUGUGGCCCCCCAGGCAGUGGGAAGAGCCUGCAGGCAGCACUAAUAGCUCAGAAAUACGGCAUUGUCAACAUUUGCUGUGGGCAACUGCUAAAGGAAGCUGUUGCAGACAAGACAAAACUUGGAGAACUCGUUAAGCCUUAUAUUGACAAUGGAUACCCAGUCCCAGACAACAUGGUUAUGAAGAUCCUGGAGAGACGCCUAAAUGCACCAGACUGCAUGACCAAGGGCUGGGUGCUUCGUGGCUUCCCAAGGGACAUAGAGCAGGCAGAGAGGCUGCAAAAAGCAUGUAUUAUUCCAAACAGGGUAUUUUUCUUCAAUCUUCCCUACGAAUCCAUCAUUGAACGACUGUCUCAGCGGAGGAUUGAUCCAGUCACAGGGGAAAGAUAUCACACAACACUCAGACCAGCACCCACUCCAAAGAUCCAAGCCCGCCUCAAGCAGAACCCCAAGGACAAGGAGGACAACAUUGAGAAACGCGUGGACACCCAUCACAGGAACGUCAGGGAUCUGCAGGAGUUUUAUGAAGACGCCUUUUAUGUCAAUGCUGAUCAAGACCCAUAUCCUAUCUUUGAGUUUAUAGAAAGCUGUAUCAUUAAGCCCCUUCCGUGCAAAAAAAUUAAAUGCUUCUAAUUAAUUAAGG